AUGAGUGGGUUCAGUACCAAAGUGAUCACAGCUGAUGGGUUGGAAUUUGCAUUUGCAUUACAGUACCAGGCCCGGGUAGUAAUCGAUGCUCUCCUCCUCCCAAACCUCGCAGCUUCAGGAGACGGCCGCAUCGUGCAUCUAUCAGGAGCAGUCCCAUCUUUUGUGAUGGCAGAUCUUGACGACCUACAGUUCGAAAAAACAAAGUUCAGUUUUUGGAAGGCAAUCCUUGGAACCCACAAUUUGAGUUUCAUGUUCAUCCAAGAAGCGCGUCAGAGAUGGAAGGACCGUGCUGUGUCCAUCACUGCAGUGUGUGUGGGGUCCACCAAGACGAAAGCGAUGUCUGAUCCAAAUAUGCCAUUUUUGAUGAGACUUAUGGGGUACUUUGGGACCACUGCGGAGUUAUCUGCUCAGAAUGUGAUCAAAGUUAUGACGACAAGCAAGAUAUCGCAUGACGACAGAUUCGGAGUCAUGUGGAAUCCCAAAAAGCCCGAGAUCAAAUCCUUACCUGUAAAAGCUACAACAGUGAAGCAAGCAGCCGUAAUCCAUACGCCUCGGAAGGAGUCCACAAAAGACUGGGAAAAUGCACGGACGGCGGCGUCCAUGAUCUCUCCGUUCAUUCCAGGUACCUGGCUAAGUGUUUCAGUACCGUGGGCCGAAAGUGCCGAUAACACUGAUGGCAGAGAUGCCGUUGGCAGGCCUAAAGGUAGCACAGCUCCUGCCACUUGGUCGGCCAAAGUACUGUUCAAUUUCGCAUUGAAAACUGCAGAGUCUGAGAACGGUUAUAUACAAUUAGUCUUAGUUGUCAUCGUCGAACAAAUGCAAUACUUACAUAUCGCCAACCCCACAGCCCCACCCAGACUGCGAGCUGAAACCAUCAAGCCGCUGGUAGUCGCACUAUUGGACAGUAUUAGCAAAGUAACUUAUGCACGAUCAUAUAAGCUAGAGCCUGAGACUCACAUCAACUCUGGUGGAGCGCUUAGCUGA